ACAAUAUAUAAACAUAUGAGUUAACUUAUUAACAAUAGAUAAACAUUUUACUUCAUUUGCAUUCAACUCUUCCUACUGUCCAUUCCAAAUGAUCUGCAUUGUCUUUUUCAAAUGUUUUAUGGUUUAAGGGUCGAUAUCACGUGAUCUGUAUUUCUGACUUGUUGAGUAGAAUCACUUUAUAACCUGCAUCUUCUCUUUUCAGAAUAAAAAAUAUAGGUUAUAUAUAAAUUAAUUUUUAUAACAGUUAUGACGGAAAAAAAUGACGAGUCAAUUCCUACUGACUAUAAUAAUGUAGAUUACUCCGAUCUUUAUCCAGGAAGAAGAAACGAUUUAUCAGACAGUUGGCUGAAGAAAUUUAUGAGAUUUGAGCACUAUGAAAGAGUAAGAUGUGAAACAAAUGUUUAUAACUGUUUUAAAAAUAGUCCCAUAGUGAAACUUAUGGUAGCAGCAUUAAGAAGUUCAGGAUGUGAUAUUGAUAUUAGUCGUCACAUUUCGUGUGAAGUAUGCAGCAACAAAAUAACUGGAGGAUUUGAUCCAGUUUUAAACCAAGUUAUAGUUUGUCAAAAUACUGCCAAUACUGAAGGCAGAGUUCGAAGUACUUUGAGUCAUGAAUUGAUUCAUAUGUUUGAUUAUUGUCGGUAUAACAUGGAUUUAAACAAUAUACAUCAUUUAGCUUGCACAGAAAUAAGAGCAGCUAAUUUAUGUCAUUGUAGUUAUCUUGGUGCAGUUUGCAGAGGAACCAUUUCACCUUUUGAUGUUAAACAAGCACAUCGGAAAUGUGUUCAGGAUAAGGCUAUGAGAUCAGUACUUGCUGUAAAAAAUGUGUCAGAGGAUGUUGCAAGAGCUGCUGUAAUGAAAGUUUUUGAUAAAUGUUAUAAUGAUUUAGAACCAUUCGGACGACGGAUUCGUAGAAAUUCCUUAGACAUGCAAAAGGCAUAUUUAGAAGGACAAUUGUAUGGGUAUAUAUAGUAACAUAAUUUAUAGAAAUGUAAUUUAGAAAUUAAAGCAAGUGAAAUAAAAAUUUUGCGAAAAAAAUUGAUAUACA